AUGGCGGUCAACUUCUCUGCGGAGGAAGCUGCUACGCUCAAGCGAUGGCGAGAGAUUGACGCCUUCCAGACUCAAGUUGCUCUGUCCAAAGGCAACCCUGCCUAUACUUUUUUCGAUGGACCACCCUUUGCGACCGGUCUACCUCACUAUGGUCACCUCCUCGCCUCCACCAUCAAGGACAUCAUCCCCCGCUACUGGUCUAUGAAAGGCUUCUAUGUCGAGCGAAGAUUUGGCUGGGAUACACACGGCCUACCUAUUGAAUAUGAAAUUGACAAGAAGUUCAGCAUUUCUGGCCCGGCCGCGGUCAAAGAGAUGGGCAUUGAACGUUACAAUGCAGAGUGCAAGGCUAUUGUCAUGAGGUUCGCGACCGAGUGGAGAGAAACCAUUGAUCGGUUGGGAAGAUGGAUUGACUUCGACAACGACUAUAAGACAAUGAACCCCACCUUCAUGGAAUCGGUGUGGUGGGUGUUCAAACAACUCUUUGACAAGGGUCAAGUCUAUCGCAGCUACCGAGUCAUGCCCUUUUCGACUGCCCUCAGCACACCACUUAGCCAGCAUGAGGCGCAAUCCAAUUAUAAGGACGUUCAGGAUCCAGCUGUUGUGGUGUCAUUCCCUCUUCUAUCGGAUCCCAAUACCAGCUUCCUAGCUUGGACAACGACCCCGUGGACGCUACCGUCGAACUGCGCAUUGGCUGUCCACCCUGAUUAUGAUUAUAUCAAGUUUCUGGACAAGGACUCCGGUCAUCAGUACAUCAUGAUGGAAGAGCUGUUGGGUACCCUGUACAAAGACCCGAAGAAGGCCAAAUUCACCAUUGUGGAGAAGUUGAAGGGCAAAGAUCUCGCUGGACUGAAAUACGAACCACUGUUCAACUACUUCUAUGAAGAAUUCAAGGACUAUGGCUUCAAGGUUCUGACGGCUACCUAUGUCACCAAGACCGACGGUACUGGCAUUGUCCACCAGGCUCCAUCUUUCGGUGAGGACGAUUAUCGCGUUGCACAAGAACACGGUAUCAUCAAUUCCGGCCGAUUACCUCCCAAUCCCGUGGAUGAGACAGGCAAAUUCACCAAGGAGGUCACGGACUUUGUCGGUCAGCACGUGAAGGAUGCCGACAAGAACAUCAUCAAACACCUAAAAGCAAGUGGCAGACUUAUCAAAGAUGGUCAGCUAUUCCACGCCUACCCUUUCUGUUGGCGAUCUGAUACACCACUUAUCUAUCGAGCGAUCUCUGGCUGGUUUGUGAACAUUGCUGGAACGGAGAAAGGCGAGUCCAUCAUUCCUGCCAUGCUUGAUGGCAUUGAGAAGUCUCAUUGGGUGCCCGGGUUUGUCAAGGAGAAGCGCUUUGCAGAUUGGAUCAAGAAUGCCCGAGACUGGAACAUCAGUCGAAAUCGCUACUGGGGUACACCUAUCCCCCUCUGGGCAAAUGAAGACUUCUCAGAGGUCAUUGCCGUUGGCAGCAUCCAAGAGCUGAAGGAGCUUUCUGGAUACUCUGGUGAGAUCGCUGACAUUCACCGCGACAAGGUUGAUAACAUCACCAUCCCCUCGCAAAAGAAUCCCGCUGGGCCCCCGCUCCGCCGCAUCGAUGAGGUCUUCGACUGUUGGUUCGAAUCUGGCUCCAUGCCGUAUGCCUCAUCACAUUACCCCUUUGAGGGGGCUGAUACCUUCAAUGACCGCUAUCCGGGCGACUUCAUCGCUGAAGGCCUGGACCAGACUCGCGGCUGGUUCUACACCCUUGUCAUCCUCGGCAUUCACCUCUUCGGCAAACUGCCCUUCAAGAACUGCGUAGUCAACGGUAUUGUGCUGGCCGAAGACGGCAAGAAAAUGUCAAAACGCCUGAAGAACUAUCCCGACCCGACGACCAUCAUUGACAAGUAUGGCGCCGAUGCGCUCCGCUUGUACAUGAUCAACUCGCCAGUUGUGCGCGCCGAGACCCUACGAUUCAAGGAGGCAGGCGUUAAGGAGAUAGUGACGAAAGUCCUUUUGCCACUGUGGAAUUCCUACAAGUUCUUUGAGGGCCAAGUUGAGCUUCUCAAAAAGCUUGAAAACAUCGAUUUUGUCUUCGAUCCCAAAGCCGAGGAGACCAACACCAACGUUAUGGAUAGAUGGAUCCUGGCAUCGACACAGUCGCUGCUCAAAUACAUCAACGAGGAGAUGGCUGCCUACCGCCUCUACACCGUCGUGCCUGGCUUGCUGAAUCUCAUCGAUGAGACUACCAACUGGUACAUUCGCUUCAACCGCAAGCGAUUAAAGGGCGAGCUUGGCAAGGACGACACCCUCCACGCGCUCAACUCUCUCUUUGAUGUUCUAUAUACCCUCGUACGCGGCCUCGCGCCAUUCACCCCUUUCAUCGCGGAUCUUAUCUACAGCAAGCUCCUGCCUUUCAUCCCCAAGAGCGUGCAUUCCACCGACAUGCGAUCUGUGCACUUCCUGUCCUUCCCCGAGGUCCGAUCUGCCCUGUUCGACGAAGUCGUCGAGCGCCGUGUUGGUCGUAUGCAAAAGGUCAUCGAGCUAGCUCGGCAGUCGCGCGAUCGUGUCGCCAUCGGCUUGAAGACCCCGCUAAAGACGCUUGUGGUCCUCCACAAAGACCAACAGUACCUCGAUGAUGUCAAGAGUCUAGAAGGUUACAUCACCGAGGAGCUCAAUGUGCGGGACCUAAUCUUGACUUCAGAUGAGGACAAGUACAACGUACAGUACUCAGUCUCCGCGGACUGGCCGGUUCUCGGCAAGAAGCUCAAGAAGGAUGUGCAGAAGGUCAAGAAAGCUCUGCCAGAUCUGAGUUCGGCGGAUUGCAAGGCCUAUCUGGCGGAGGGCAAGACGCAGGUGGCAGGCAUUGAGCUUGUUGAGGGCGACUUGGUUGUCAAGCGCACCCUCAAGGAGGGGGAAAACAGCAAAACGCAAGAGACAAACUCCGAUAACGACGUAUUGACCAUUCUCGACGUGGCCAUUUACCCCGAGCUCGCGCAGGAGGCGCUAGCGCGUGAGAUUGUCCGGCGCGUCAACGAUAUCCGGAAGAAGGCAGGUCUGAAGCCCACAGACGAUAUCAAGAUGGAGUAUCGGGUGAAAGAGGAUCCGGACAACACCGGCAUCGAGCGGGCCUUUGAGGAACAGGCGGCGUUCAUCGAGAAGGCGCUGAGGCGGCCAGUGGACAAGCAUGUCGUGACGGACCUGGAACCCGAGCCGAGCAAAGAGGCGAUGAAGAAGGAAGAAGAGAAGCUGAUCAUGCAGAGCGAUCAGGAGGUCAACCGCGCGGUGUUUGAGUUGCGGCUGUUGCGGCUGUGA